GAGACUGGUAAGAAAUGGGCUGAAGAGUGUAAGAGAAAGAGAGUUAAGAAAGAGAAGAAACCAGACACAAUUAUGCCUAUGCCAAUCUCACCAACAGGUGCAGUAGCGUUUAAUUACCGCAACUCUCUAAUUCCUCCUCUUAAACGCAUCUUCAUCUAUAACUACUCUUCAUAUCACCACCACCACCGCCGCCGCCGCUUUUUACCUCUCCUCCGCAAGACCGGUCACCCCAAGAAUUUGCUGUAUCAGUUCUCUAUUUUAUCUCCCUUCCCCAAGUUUAAUUGUCUCUUCACGGGUAACUCAAUCUUCUUCAGGAUGGAGCGAUUCUGGACUGGGAGUAGCAUUAAUAAGAACAAAGCAAUGGUAGAGCAUUUGCAACAUUACGGUGUGAUCAGCUCCAAGAAGGUGGUUGAAGUAAUGGAAACUAUUGACAGGGCUUUAUUUGUACCAGAACGGACUCAAGCUUAUGUUGACAGCCCCAUGCCAAUAGGAUACAAUGCUACUAUUUCUGCACCUCAUAUGCAUGCAACAUGCCUUCAGCUGUUGGAGGAGCAUCUGAAACCUGGCAUGCAUGCAUUAGAUGUUGGCUCAGGUACGGGGUACUUGACAGCAUGCUUGGCCAUUAUGGUAGGACCACAAGGUCGUGCUGUUGGUGUGGAACAUAUUCCAGAACUGGUUACUUCGUCUAUCAAGAAUAUCGAGAAAAGUGCAGCAGCUCCAUUAUUACAGGAAGGUUCCCUCUCUGUGCAUGUUGGGGAUGGAAGAGAAGGUUGGCCGGAGUUUGCACCUUAUGAUGCCAUACACGUCGGAGCAGCCGCACCAGAAAUUCCACAAGCACUUAUUGAUCAGCUGAAGCCUGGUGGUAGAAUGGUGAUUCCAGUGGGUAACAUUUUCCAGGAUCUGAAGGUCAUCGACAAGGCCCAGGAUGGUUCUAUUAGCGUACGGAGUGAAACUUCUGUUCGAUAUGUUCCUCUAACAAGCCGUGAUGCGCAGCUACGGGAUAAUUGAUUCCCAUGGUGUUUUCGCCUAGCAGUCAAUGAUGAUGAGAAAACGGUUGCUUUUUAUGGUUAUGCUGGUUUAGAAGUGGUUGUAGAGCUGUAUAUAAUGCCAUCAGCACAUCUUUGUCUCUGGAGUCCUUUGCUCCUCUGCUUAACUUGUAAAUGAUAACAUGAUAUUUUCGUUAAAAUGUUUAAAGUGUCAGCAUUUCAAGUGCAA